AUGUACAACGGCAUUGGUCUACAGACCGCUCGAGGGAGUGGUACCAGCGGCUAUGUCCAACGUAACAAAUCCUACCUCCGGCCGCAAAGGACUGAUAUCAAACCAUUCAGGGAAGCUGAGGCAGCUGCUCCUCCCAAACCCAAGAAGGCUGAUCCGGAGCUGAUUUAUCACAAUCAGAAGAGGGAGAUAGAGGUUAAAUUGAUUGACCUGGAGGAUACUCUGUUGGAGUCGGGAGAGGAGGAAGGCAUAGUCCAGAAAAAGGUAGAUAAGGAAAGGCAGAAGCUAUAUAAGGAGCUUGACGACCGGAGGGCUGAUGCAGAGGCACAUGGUGGUGAACUUGAGGCUGAUCAAUUGGCUUCCACUCAUGAGUAUCUACAAAUGCAGGAGCGCCAGGCAGAGAGAGCAGCGAAGGCUUUUGGGAUAAACACGCGGAAUCACGAGGAAGGAGUAGCUUUCGAUAGGGACCGUCAACAUCAACAGAAGUUGCAACGUAUGAUGGACACCCAAGCUAGACAGGCGGAGCGAUGGGCAGCUCCUGGUGGUGAGAAUGGUGAUGACGGAGUGAACAGGAGGAAGAGCGACCAUCGACCACCGGCUAAGGGUAGUACUGGGCUGCGUAUAACCCAGAAGGGAUAUUAG